AUGCCAUUCAUAUCUUCCCAAGCCAUCUUCACCGCCGCCCUUCAAGGCCAAAGCUUUCGCUUCUCCGGCAUCUCAACCCUCCUACGCGCUUGGCAGCACAAAGGGUUCAACGCGUUAUACGAAGACGCGGAUUCACUGGCGACCAGCACCAUCCUCCGGGUCGAUGCGGCUGCGCCCCAUAUGGAGUUUGGGCGUUUCGUGGACGACCGGAUCGCCGCGCUGACAUGUCUUUGCUUUCCCAAUGCGCCCAAGCCGCAGCUUGAAGCCCUGGUGCUGUUUGUCCUGUGGAACGCCUACUGGAGCGGCACCUACGACACAGAUGAGGGCGACCUGUCGGCUGAUUUUGACGCCGCCCACGAAUGGCGACUCAAGACAAUGAGGACAGCCACGAGAGCAAUACGUGCGAACAGAGACGAACUACGGCACGAAGUGGACGCCAUUAAUUCGGUGUUUUUCGCCUUCGGAGACCGCUACUGUGAAUUGGAGCCCCUCACAUGCCGCUCGAUUGUACUCCAUGAGAUCUACGAACGCAUCCGUGCCUAUGCUACGGAACAGAGAAUGAAGCUUAACGAAACCCAGCCAGGCUUCGACGAAUACAUGGAGCUCCGAAACAGGACCAUGAAUGCUGGUGCGCUCUGCUUGUUGGUUCCCUUUGCCAUGGCCCGAGAGGUGCCCUUUCAGAUAAGCUGCUCGUGGCAUGAAGUUGCUCUCCGAAAGCAGGUCAAGGUCCUGCUCUGCCUCUUGGACGACCCACUCAUACUGGCAGCCCAGCUUCACUAUGAGGAGUGCGUCCUCAACGCCGUAUGUACGCUGCUGGGUCCGGAAACGCCGUUGGACGCGGUCAUAGCGCAGAUUGAUCAGAAGAUUCAAGACGCAAUACGACUGUUUGAAGAGGCGGGCGAGAAACUCAUGGAUGACUUCAAAGACAAUGAGGACCUUUACAGCAUGGCGAGAGACCUCGUCGACGGAUACAGAAACAUAGUCACUGGCACAGUGGUAUUCAAGUGA